AUGUCUUCAAACGAACCAUCCAAAAUUUCUGGUAAUACUAAAUACUACCAAGGUGCUGCAAAAGAAACCGUAGGUAAUACGUUAGGCAAUGAACAAAUGAAAGCCGAAGGAAAAGCAAAGAAAGCCGAAGGUGAAGGUGAAUACAAAGCUGCACAAGUUCAGGGACAAGCAGAAGGUUACAAAGAUAAAACAACCGGAGGCUUGAAAGAAACCACUGGUAAAGCUCUCGGUAAUGAACAGAUGCAAGGAGAAGGCAAGAUCAAAAAAAAUGCUGGCGAAGCAAAAAAAGAGAUCAACAAGUAA